AUGUCUAACCUCUUGCAAAUUGCGGAAAUCGUGUCUGAUAUGAAAAACUGGUCCUGUGUCAUCACAGUCCAAGAAAAGCAACAGGUCACGGAUUCUUUGGGAACACCAACCAAAAAGCAAAAGUUUGUCUUCUAUGAUUCAGAGGCCUCUAAAGUUGAAGGGAUAAUCUUCAAUGCUGAUAUUUCAAGGAUGAGUCCUAUGCUGCAGGUUUAUAAAAGAUAUAAGAUUUCAAAUGCUGAUGUCAAGACUAUUCUGCCAAAGUUUCAAAGUGUUGGAUUAACCAAACAGUGGGUGAUCACUUCGAAAACUGUCAUUGAAGAGGUUGAUGGCAAUGAAGACAUUAUGCCUGUUGGAUUCGCUUUCACUGAGUUUGUUGAUUUAGCUGAAUACAUGGAUGAUAGAAGCAAGUCCGUUGGUGUUUCUCUCUCUACCUGGUUCGAUUCUGCAUUGCUUGUUGAUCCACCGAUACAGGAAGCGAGACAGCUCAAGAAUUGGGCAAUGAGAAAUGCUAAGUCAAUUGCAGAAAUCAUUGAUGCAAAGAGUUACAUUAAAUAUAAUCCUGUGCUUUCUUUAAAAAGGGACCAGAAAACUACUCUAAUUUGCAAUGUUACCGCAUCACAGAAGACUGCCUGGGUCAAGGCAAAGCUCUCUUUUGAACACAUCUUCCAAAAAUAUUGGUAUAUGAGCUGUGUGAGGUGUUAUCGAGCUACUGCAGCGGACUAUGGAAUUGAGUUUACCUGUAAUUCAUGCCAAGAGAAGGGCCCUGCUAUGCCUAGGUGCCACUUUGACGUUGAUUUGACCGAUGAUAGUGGAGUUAUACCUGCAUCUAUCUUUGGAGAUCUAGCAGAAAAUAUUCUCGCCUUCACUGGCCUUGAAGCAAUGGAUCACUUUAAUCAGAAUCUUGAGCUGCCACUUGAGUUUGUUCAUGCACCGCUUAAAACAAAGACAUUUCUGGUUCACAUUAAACCAGUCCAAACACAACUCGCUGAUGAUAGACAGCGUUAUACGAUUUUAUAUUGCGCUGAACUUGAGCCAAAAAUGGGUCGCGCUCAGCUAAUGCAUGAACCAGAAUCUGUCUCUCUUUCAUCUGACCAGCAGACUGAAAAUGAACAGCUAUUGACAGCAAGACAUGGUGGUUCUAGCUCAAAAGUGCGCCUUCGACUCAGUCAAAAGUUUGAUGAAACAGAAACUGCCAGCACCAAUGACUUUGAUAGUCCACAUGCUGACUCUAAAAAGAAAGCAAAAUUAGGCUGA